CUUCUGGCACUUCUUGAAGAUAGAUUCCACAUGAAAAACACUUGUAGGACACUGCACGUGUAAUCCAGAGAGAGAAAGAGUGUACACAAGCCUUUGAAUAGACUCCGUUAACCAUGGGCUGAAGGAAUAAAACAUUCCCCUCAGAAUUUAAUUGCCAAACACAAACACAAAAACAACCUACUUCUGUUGACCAAACCUCAAACACCUUGUUCUUGUUCCUGUUUCUGUCUUCUCAAAUCCACCCUCUUUUUCCAUGUUCACAUGGCCUAGAAUUUUCAUGUUCUUCACCACCCCUCCAAGAUUCACCUACAUAUCAACAACAUAAGACCAAGAAAAAACCAAAAAUCAAGGUUGUUUCAAAAGGGGUUAUGGAAGGAGAGAGAGGUGUUAAUCCAAGCUACGAUCUUCAAGUUUCAUUCAGCAACACCCCUCAAGCAAUCCACGAAAUGGGUUUUGUCCAAUUUGAAGAAAAUCAGGUUCUUAGCUUCCUGACACCCUCAGCUCAAUCCCAAUCUUCUCAGCUCUCACAGUCUCUAACCGGUGGCAACACCGUCACCGCCGCCACAGUCACCACCACCAUCACUACCACUACCACUUCUGGAUCAGUUGGUUUUAACCAUAAUGACCUUGCAUCCAGAAGUUCUUGGAACAAUGAACAGGUUAGAACACUGGAUCCUAAAGCUGUCAAUGAUGAAAAUUGCACCGGAAAUACCAGUGAUGGCAACAACACAUGGUAUACACAGUGGAGAAAUUCAGGGUCAGAGAAGAACAAGGUGAAAGUGAGGAGGAAGCUGAGAGAACCAAGGUUUUGUUUUCAGACAAGAAGUGAUGUGGAUGUUCUUGAUGAUGGUUACAAAUGGAGGAAGUAUGGUCAGAAAGUUGUGAAGAACAGCCUUCACCCAAGAAGUUACUACCGUUGUACUCAUAACAACUGUAGAGUGAAGAAAAGGGUUGAAAGACUCUCAGAAGAUUGUCGAAUGGUAAUAACAACCUACGAAGGAAGACACAAUCAUUCUCCUUGUGAUGACUCAAAUUCAUCAGAACAUGAAUGUUUCACUUCUUUUUGAACAAUUAAUGUGCUUUCAAUAAUUAAUUAAUUAAUAUAUAUAUAUUUAUGUACUAAUAGUUAUUUAGAUGUGACAAUUUUUCAUGAGGGAUUAUAUUGUUA